AGCGCUCGUCAGCGCCUCUCUUCUGGGCACGCGCACGUCCUCCUUAUUAUCGUCUCCCAACGACUGCCACGCUCGCGCUGAGGCUCGCACCAAGCAAAAUGGCCGCCUCUUCUUCAUCCUCAUCAGCCGGUGGAGUUAGUGGAAGCUCCGUAACUGGAUCUGGGUUCAGUGUCUCAGACCUUGCCACGCCACGAAAAGCUCUCUUUACUUACCCCAAAGGAGCUGGGGAAAUGUUAGAAGAGGGCUCGGAGAGAUUCCUCUGUGAAUCGGUUUUCAGCUACCAGGUUGCAUCCACAUUAAAGCAAGUGAAACACGAUCAGCAGGUUGCUCGGAUGGAAAAACUUGCUGGUUUAGUUGAAGAACUGGAAGCUGACGAAUGGAGGUACAAGCCCAUAGAACAGCUUUUGGGGUUCACUCCUUCAUCCGGUUAGAAGCCUGCAGUUUGUUGAUGCAAAAAGAUAAAAGCACUUGCGUAACUCCAUUUUAAAACACUUGGAUAUUCUACAUUGUGCUCCCAGCAAUGUAAUAAAGAAUAAUCUAUGGCGGACGUUUCUAUUAUCAGAUCCAGUAAACUGCAGCCACACAAUGGUUUGCAAAAACUUUUCAGUGUGGCCUUUGUUUCAGGAGGGUGUGAUUUCUGUAACUAAGAAGCUGCAGUUGGUUUUGGAAAAGAACCUGUUUGCUUAAACCAGAGUUGCAUUAAGCUCUCUCAAUCACAGAAAUGGUAAACGCACGCUCCAAGCACAUCAGCGUAAAGCAUCCACGGAGAGAGGCUAGCAAGUUCAUCAAGAGGACGUAUUGCCCCCCAGAAGGAAUGACAGCUGAUGCUCUCACCAAGCUGCUGCUCAGAGUUUGUUUCCAAACUCUACAAGAAAAUUUGAAUCUUGUACAUGACUUGUACAUGAGAGGGGGUGUUGGAAGUGACGACUGUACAGUGUCUUGUACCAAGUGGAGGCAGUAAAGCUAGUAAAGUGGAGGAUUCAGAUUUUUCUAAAUCCUUUGUCUUGUCUGUUGUGCUGCUGUCUCUUUUAUUACCUGGAGUGCUGCUCUCAGGAACGUCGGUUUGUCCAGCUAACUCCUUUCCUUGCUUCUUUGUCUAACUUCAAUGAAGUCAAAAUGUGCUCUCAGCAUCUACCGUAGCCUAGAUAGAUAAUUAUGCCUGUUCUUCUUUUCCUGUCAUAGUAUGGAUUUCUUUAACAAGGACAUCCAGUUCUUUCCUAAAGCAACCAGCCUUGAGUGGUGGACUUUAUUCCUAAGCAACCUUGUUCUUCUGUGCGAACCAGCACAAAGCUAACAGAAGGGAUGGUUAUUUAAACUUGCAACCAAGGAGAUGAACUGAACCCCAAACUGGUCCAGGGAGGGUUUUUCAGCAAACAAGAAUUGAACUUAAACUAAAAUCUCUUGGUUGCUUUGGACAUGAACUGGAACUGAACCCUUAGGUACAAAAGGUAGUAACCAACAUUUAGGAAUUUGGAAGAUUUUUUUCAGCGGUGAUGAGGGAUCGUCUGUGCCCCAGUGGUAUACAGGACAGCCUGUAUUUUCUAGAGAGUCAUCUGAGACGAGGAGAGAAGGAGCAGGAGAAAUCGGUAAGCUGGGCCUAGGACAGUUGGUUCUCCUGGUGCUAAAGAGACGCCUGUCCGUGCACAAACUGUUGACUAGCAACACGCCCUCAGUGUGGAGAAUAUCUGGGCUGUGUGCUAGAAGCUCUCGGUUUGCUUGGCUCUGUGAUUCCUCCUUGCUGCCCUUCUACCGUCUGUAAACUAGGUAAAUUCUGAUCUCUUUUUGAAAGAAAAAAUGGGGCCCUGUGGAGCUGAGUGUAGGGAAAGGCUAUAAGAAGGGGAGGGAAUGAAGCUUAAUUUGAAAGGAGGGUUAAGGUGUUCAGUUUAACCUGACUAAUAAAAUAAACCUUCUGUUGUUUGGCUUCUCUAGAUCGCUAUGUCUAAAGAUUAGUUUUCCCUUUGGGCCAUUAUCCUAAGAAGAACCUUUUCCUCCUAAAACAGAACAAUUGCAUACUGUUUGACUUUGCGCAAUCAUGGUGCUAAAGAUGGAAUCUUUUUUUUUUUAACCACAUGUAAUAAUAAGCAAAAUAAUUUUAGGGUGUUUUUUUUAACAGCCUGUUGGCUGUUAAAUCCUGUUGGUGCAUGUUUACUUUAUUUGUGCCCCACUUUUGUUACGGGGUGGGGUGGGGGGACCAAAGUGCCUUACAAUACUCUUCCCUUCUCCAUUUUAUCCUCAUAGCAACCCUAGUGGUUAGAGUAGCCAAAGAAUAUGUUACCGGGUCAAGGUUUCCCAGAAAGUUUCCUGGGCGCAGUAGGGAUUUGAACCUGAUUUUCCAAGAUCUGAGUCUGACCACUACACAACACCAUCUCUGUUCAAUAAUGCACUUAAGCUCCAGGAAGCUGCAAAGAUUACAAAAAACAUGCAUGUUCCAGCAAUAUGCAAAGAUACUAUCUUGGAAGGAAAGUCGUCUCUUAUAAUGACUGGAGGAGGAAAAUGUAGGCACAGUCACCCAAGUAAGAUGACGUCAGGCUCAAAGUGGCCGAUGAAAUAAAAUAAUUUAGCAGGUGAAAACUGCUAAAUAGGAUCUAUACAUACUUCCCCCUUUCCCCCUCAUUUUUAAAUUGGGCCCCAUUUCCUGCCCACUGUGGCUCCCUUCCUGAAAACAAUCAUCAUUUUAUUCUUCUGCUGCACACAAGAUGGAGAAGGGGGCAUAAAAACGUAAUGGUCACUUAUUUGCCCCUGUGCUCUAGAAUGUGAGAAAGACCCUGACCUUGCACAGUUUUUGGGAGACUACAAAGCAGGAGUACGUUGCAUCCAGCAGUAAAUUUCUGCUGACAGAAGCGAGGGGUUGGUUUUUGAUCAUUCCUCCCGCUGCUGUUCCUUAGGGUCCCCUGCCCCACAGGAGCUGCAUUUCAAGGGGCAUUCGGGGCUGCAGUGGGAGGGGGGGGGAGGCGAAGUCCCGUUCUGUUGAUGGAACUCACUGCUGGAUCUGAUCCACUAGGAGCCUCCGGGAAGGUGUGUGAGAAAUGCUGCUGGACAGUGAUGCAUUUGGGGCCUACGUUUAGGUUCACUCAAGAUAUAACUUGGCCCGCAACAGUAUUGGUGCUUUUCUGGAAUCUUUUGCUGAUGAGCCUCCUCUCACUAAAAAUGGAAAUGUUCUUCAGUAUUGAGAGCAGCACGGAAAACAGCAAAGCCUGAACUAUAGCACUUAGCAAAAAUAGUGUUUGCGGUUCGGGCUGGACAAAUGUAGAAAGAGCUUUUUGUGGCCUUAAAUGCAUUCUGUUGCCUCAGCAUUCAAAUGUGUCUAACAGAAUUUUGGAGGAUAUAACAUCGGUGCAUCGUAUUAACUUGAAAGAGAAACGCUGUCAUUCCCUUAAGCUUUCAGUUUGUAAGUUUCAUACUCCUCCGUUCUUCUGGGGGUGGGGGGUGUUACACGUUCUGUAGUGGAUGAGAACUGCUGCUUUAUCAUAGUGUUGGUGGUGGAAAGUGCCAUUAAGUCACAGCUGACUUAUGGUGGCCCGUGCAUGGGGUUUUCAAGGCAAGAGAAGAAGAGAGGUGUCUUGCCAUUGGCUGCCUCUGUUCAGUGACCCUGGACUUCCUUGGUGGUCUCCCAUCUGAGUACUAACCAGGGCUAACCUUGUGUAGCUUCUGAGAUCUGAACCAGUCAGGCCGGCAUGUGUAUAAAAGGAAAAAUUCUGAAAUAAUAAAAUAUAUUCUGUUUCUGAAUCUUCUGUUUUAAUGUUCUUCAUUAAAUGUAUCCAGUCUGGUUCAAAAGUAUCCAAAUGGGUUACCAAACCACCUUUCGAAGUUAAUGCCUGAACUGGAACUAAAUACUACUGAAUGGGGCCCAGAUUUUUAAGGGUUUGACUCCCUGCUUACAGGCCUUUCUGCUGACCUUGGAGCAGCAUAAUUCUAACCAUUUCGAACCCUCUUUGCUGUUCAAGUUGAACUCCUGGAGGGCAGAGUUGAAAGGCACAGGGGCCUUGGCCUUAAGCCCUUCCUUUGAAGAUGGAUGUGAUAAAACAAUAGGACAGGAUAUCUUGAAGAGCAGAAGAAUGUUAACUGUUUCCUGUAUUUAGAUAGCCUGGAUUUUGCUGAGUCUGCGUCUUCUCCGCUGUUUCUCUGUUAAGUACAUGUGGAAAUAUUGGCAGAGGGCGAUGGUUAUAAAGCACUGGAAGAGCGAGUCUUGUGGAGGGGGGAGGAAUUGGCUGUCCUUUCCUUUGUUCUAGUGGAUUUUAACUGUCUUUGCCAAAUAAAUAAUUUCAACUGCUU